GUUGACAAAUAUUACACAGUCCAGCCUCACACUCUGAUCAGACAACACAUUGAUCACGGCCACUGGUAUGAUCGAUCUAAACUGACACUGAAAGACAUCCACAACACACAGUAUGUUGCCUGCAUGAACCCAACUGCUGGUAGUUUUACCAUUGAUUCUCGGCUGCAGCGUCACUUUUGUGUGUUUGCCAUGAGCUUUCCCAGCCAAGAUGCCCUGAUCACAAUUUAUACAAGUAUCUUGUCCCAGCACAUGGCACAGAGCAACUUUCUUGGACCUAUUCAGAAGUUUGCUACAAAUCUUGUCCAUGGGGCUUUAGCAUUGCAGGCAAAGAUCACAUCAACAUUCUUGCCAACAGCUAUCAAGUUUCAUUACGUGUUCAAUCUGAGGGACAUGUCCAAUAUCUUCCAGGGCAUCCUGUUUGCCCAGAAUGAAUGCUGUAAGACACCAGCUGACCUGGUGAGACUUUGGCUCCAUGAAGCUGAUAGAGUCUACAGAGACAAGCUGGUGGAUGAGAGUGACAUGGAAACUUUUGAUAAACUGAAGAAAGACAUCAUCAAGAAAUCUUUUGAGGAACUUCCAGAAGAGGUGGUGUUCAAGCAGCCUAUUAUCUACAGCCACUUUGCACAGGGAAUUGGCGACCCCAAAUAUUUACCAAUGGAAACUUGGAAAGAUGUUAACAAGGUCUUGAUAGAAGCUUUGGACAACUACAAUGAGCUAAAUGCUGCAAUGAACCUGGUUCUGUUUGAAGAUGCCAUGUCCCAUGUCUGCCGCAUCAACCGUAUCUUGGAGUCCCCUAGAGGCAAUGCUCUUCUCAUCGGUGUGGGUGGAAGUGGCAAACAGUCAUUGUCCCGUUUGGCUGCCUCUAUCAGUGGGCUUGAGGUCUUUCAGAUCACUCUACGAAAAGGUUAUGCCAUACCUGAUCUGAAAUUGGACUUGGCUGGUCUCUAUAGAAAAGCUGGCCUCAAAGGUAUAGGGAUCAUGUUCCUGAUGACUGAUGCCCAGGUGGCAGAGGAAAGGUUUCUGGUGUUAAUUAAUGACCUGCUGGCCUCAGGUGAAAUCCCUGAUCUGUUUGGAGAUGAUGAAAUUGAGGAGAUAAUUAAUGGGGUCAAGAAUGAGGUCAAAGGUCUUGGACUGGAGGACACUAGGGAAAACUGCUGGAGAUUUUUCAUUGACAGAGUCAGACGUGUCCUGAAGAUGGUGCUGUGCUUCUCACCUGUGGGUUCCACUCUCCGUGUGCGUAGCCGCAAGUUCCCAGCUGUGGUUAACUGCACUUCAAUAGACUGGUUUCAUGAGUGGCCUGAAGAAGCUCUCAAGUCUGUCAGUGCCAGAUUUCUUGAGGAUGUUGAACUUUUGAUG